AUGCGUACGAUGGGCUCGGUGUGGUGCCAGGCUGAUCCUCACUCGACGAAAUUCCUCAGUGCGAGCAGAGCCCUUCAAGCUGCGAUAGCCAUGCACAUAGUAGAAGGAUAUUUGUACCGACGUGGACGUCACCUGAAGAGCUGGCGGCGGCGCUUCUUCAUCUUCGAGGACGGAAUGCUCCUGUAUAAGAAGAAUGACGACACGACCUCGAGGGUGCUGGACGAGGAUCGCGUGUUUGACAUUCUCUACUGGAGUGGACGCCCGCACGGCCUGUGUCUCAAACUGCGAGGCGAUCGAUUAAUAUACCUGACAGCGCGAUCGGAGGAGGACGCAACGCGCUGGCAUGACACAAUAGAAAGUUAUCUCACGGAGCAGCGCUGCAUCGAGGACUUGCGUCGAGCAUUGUGCCGAGGCCGCCUGCCUUCCAUCCGAGAGAGCGUGAGUGAACUUGCUCGAUUUGAAUAGAUAACUUAUUGCAGCG